AACUGCCUGAGGCUGCUGGCCCUGCCCCUCUGACGGGUAGACCCUGAACAGAAACUUAGACUCUAGCGGCACUGAGAGCCUUCGGACACAGCCCAGCCUAUCCAAGGAUCUCCCUGUGUAUCCCUGGCCAGCUUUGAACUCCUGGUAGUCCCGCCUCUACCUCCCAAGCACCAGAUCACAGGUGACCACCUUCUCUGGACGCCAUGGCCGAAGCCAGGAGGCUGCCCCCACCACUCCCCCCUCGGCUGGACUGGUUUGUGCACACCCAGGCAGACCUGCUAGCUCAGUCCAGGAUCCCCGACUGGUUCCACGGCGCCAUCUCCCGAGAGACUGCUGAGAACCUGUUGGAGUCACAGCCCCUGGGGACCUUUCUUAUCCGAGUCAGCCACAGUCAUGUGGGCUACACCCUUUCCUACAAAGCCCAGACCUGCUGCCGUCACUUCAUGGUGAAGCUUUUAGAGGAUGGGACUUUCGCAUUCUCUGGGGACCACGUGACCCACACCUCCCUGGACGCUCUGGUCGCCUUCCACCAACAAAAGCCUAUUAGGCCAUUCGGGGAGCUGCUGACCCGGGCCUGCGGGCAGGCGGAUCCAGCAAAAGUAGACUACGAAGAUCUCUUCCUCUACUCUAACGCCCUGGUUCCGGAUGCUGAAAGCCCAGUUCAGAGGGCGUCUUCCUGCCCUCCUGAGGAGGCUUCUGAAAGGAAGCAAUCCACAACUGAAGGAGAAUUCACGUCGGCUUCCUACUCCCCAAAAGCCCUUUUCGAGGAGUCUGGACAGAAACUGUGGAAGAACCUGAGAUCCCUCCCUCAGACCAGCCGGAAGGUGAAGCAGCGGCUCACCUCACACCUGUCGGCCAUGAGCCUUCUGGGGGAUGCCGGGCGAGUGCAGCCGCACCACAGCCGUGUGACCCGAGCAUCCAGCUGGGACAGUGCUAGACACACCGAGGACCCCUGUGCAGCCACCACUUCUCUCCAAAACCCUGCAGAGCCCGAGGCCCCGAGAGGCAGAGAAACCAUGUUCAGGGACUCCAGGCCUGCCAACUGGAAGGAAGCAUUGUCAGGGGUCAAAGCCUGGCGUGGAAAGGUCACAAGGGCCCUGUCAGCCCAGGAGCCUGUGGACCGGCCAGAAGCCCCAGGCUGGCUGCCGGAGGAGUACCUCCCCCCACCACCUUUCGCCCCCGGGUACUGAUGGGUAUUCCUCAUCUCCCCUUCCAGUCCCCACCCCGUCCUCACAACCAGAGAACUGUGCUGAAGGGGUUAAGGGGCUGAAUCCUGCAGGCGCCAGCUGAGGAGCUGAUUGUCUUAAUAAUAAUAGGAUUACCUACCGCCACAACUUUAGGGACCCGUGAGAUGACCAGCUUCUGGAGGAUGUCCUCAGACUUCUACAUACGAGUGUUACAUGUGUCGUCACACACUCACAAGCAGCCGAGACUUGGUGGGUCCAGCGUGUGCCAGGCCUGUGUCAUGUGCUGUCCCUCUGUAUUCGCGGGAUCCCUAUCUCACGUUCAGCCACCGUCAAUUAAAACUACUUUUCUGAUC